AUGGCAGAAGGUCUGAAGCCUGGCGUUCGAGAAACACCCAAGCCCUAUAUCUUCAUCAAUGGCAAGUACUGCGUCGCGAAGGACCUCACUUUGGCCAACUUUGGCGAUCUGGUGGCCGCCGAGAAACCCGAAUACGACUCUACCAUCGCUGUUCAGGCGGCUAACAGACCCACGGUUGAUGAGCCAAAGCCUCAGUCGGAAGGCUACGCGAAUUUCCCUUUUCUGGCCGAAAUGCGACCUCCUCCCAUGAUGCCCGCUGGCGCCAAUGUCGACCGCAAAAUCUGGGACGGCAACAACUCGAGAAAGAUGAAAAGGGAAGACGAAGACUUCAUGGCGGCAGCGAUGACCGAUGAGGAGAACGACGAGGGACCCCCUCAUCUUCUCAUUUUUUCGCACCCUCUGCCUCGCCAUGCAGUCCUGCCCUUUGACGAUCUCCACGCGUACCAUCCAGCUCUCGCGCUGGAUGACUUCGAGCACCAGAAGCAUGCACCUUUGGCCCCAAUGGCCCCUUGGCACCCCAGCAACAUUCAGGAGCCAGAGGCUCACCAGAAUGGUCGUGCCUUGGAGGCCGUCAACAACUGCAUCAUCGCUGGACAGCAGCCGCAGAUCCUCCCUGGUCUCGCCGAUAACCGCUUCGAUGAACACACGCCGCACUAUUAG